AUGAAUAUCGGCAGUAAAAUAUACCUAAAAGACAUUGAACAUAUCGCUGAUGAUUCACAUCUCAAACUACGGGUGUUAAAGAUUUGGAAUUUUAUAAAAAAUAACCAGGUUUUAUCGAUUGAAAUGAUCAUCAUGGACGAGGAGGGUACAAAAUACCAAUCUCGUGUUUUCAGUCAAAAUUUUUCCAGAUUUCGUGACCUUUUAAAGGAAGAUGUUAUUGGGCAAAUUGUCUCAUUUAGGCCUCUUGAGACAACCAAUCCUAACCCAUCAAGACAUUACAUAAAGAUGACUAUUACCAACUUACAGUCUGUACACCUCAAUAUCACUAUAUUUGGAAGUCAGGCACACCAAAUGUCACAGUACCUGAAAAGUAACACCACGGUUACUUGUGUUGUUAUAGUGAUGCAGUUUGUCAAACUUAACGUUUGGAAUGGAAUUGGUCAAGCUCAAAGUCAUUUCGAUGUAACCAAGAUGUUCAUUAAUUCUGACAUUGUGGAAAUUAAUGACUUUAAGAAAGAGUUGAAAGCAGAUAACAAUGGUGGUAUGUUUGAAAAAAGCAUAACUACACUUCCAAGCUACUCUUCUUCUUAUAUAGAUGAUUUCAAAGGGAAUUUCCCUUUAAAAACUGUUUGUGAGAUAACAGAACCACUAAAGGAAAUGAAAAUUCUAUUAGUUGGUUCCAUUGUGAAUAUAACACAGAAUCUACCUUGGUAUUACGAAGCGUGUUACAAAUGUGGAAGCAGGGUAAACAAUGUGCCCAAAACCAAUCUUUCCUAUACCGCCCCCGGCAAGAUGGAAGAUAGUGUUGUUAUUAAGUGUAAAAAUGCAGCUUGCAAUGAUUCGAAUUUUCAUACUGUUAUAAAGUAUAUAAUUCCAAUCAAUGUACAAGAUCAUACUGGCACCAUUGGAUUAACUCUUUUUGAUAGAGAAGCAAAAAGGCUGUUGGAUAUAAGUGCAUUCGAGUUGAAAAAAAUACAUGAAGCGAGUGUUCAAUCAGUCUCCUUAAAUGAAGUAUCACUGCAAUCAGAUGAUGUUGUUCAGAAUGUUGAAAAGGAUGUGAUAUCACAAACGGAUGAGAGUUUUACUCCCUCAACAGUUGAUAAAUCAUCCGCAACAAGUCCAAUGAAAAUAUCAGGUGAUUUGAAGCGCAACCUCCAUGACAUUUAUGAUGUUGAUGGUGGAUUUGAUUUCAGUUCAACAAAAUCUAAAAGAAAAUCAAUGGGAGAGGGAAAUCCACUUUUAGUUCCAAAAGUGGAAAAAUAUCCUUCUGUGGUUAGACUACCUUUUCAUCUUCCUAAUCAACAACAAAUUGUAUAUGGCAAAGACGAUGAUAUCGACGAGGUUCUGGACAAACCUUCUGUUGUUGCUUCAAAGUUCACAUCUUGGAUGGAGUGUAAUGCAAUUAAUAGUGAAGCACGAGAUCUUACAUAUGUUGAGUUUCCUACAAAGUUUGUUUGGGUAUUAAAUGGUAGGUUUUGGAAGCGAAGGAAAGCAGGAAAAGCCAUUGGUAGAAUUCAUUCCGUUUCACCUAAUCUUGGCGAAGCAUACUUUUUAAGGAUUCUUUUAAAUAAAGUUAAAGGUGCGACGUCAUUUGAUGAAAUUCGCAAGGUAAAUGGUGAAACGUAUUCUUCUUUUAGAGAUGCUUGUUAUGCACUCGGGCUAUUAGAUGAUGACAAGGAAUACAUCGAUGCAAUUAAAGAAGCAAGUCAUUCUGGAUCUGGUUUUUAUCUACGCUUCUUAUUUGCCACAUUUAUGAUGUGUAAUAGUAUGUCUAAACCAGAGAUCGUUUGGGAAGAUACAUGGGAAUAUUUGGCGGAUGGAGUUCUAUAUAACCAACGACAAAGGUUCAAGUCUCCAGACUUAUCACUCAGUGAAGAUGAAGUUAAGAACUUAACUUUGUUUGAAAUAGAACAAAUUUUACUUCAAAACAACUCCACUCUAAAAAAUUUCAAAAAGAUGCCUUACCCAGAUGUUGAAUCAGUUUCUUCUUCGAACAAUCGACUUAUCGUUGAGGAGCUAGAUUACGACAUUCCCGUUCUAAAGAAUGAGUUUGAUCGAGGUGUUUUCUUCGUUUAUGGUUAUGGUGGAACGGGUAAAACUUUUCUCUGGAAGACAAUAUCUGCAGCAAUCAGAUCUGAUGGUAAUAUUGUUUUAAAUGUUGCUUCAAGCGGUAUUGCUUCGUUAUUAUUGCCCGGUGGUAGAACAGCACACUCUAGAUUUAUACUUCCAUUUGAACUUACAGAGGAUUCUUUUUGUAAAAUAAAUCCACAUGGUGAGUUGGCUAGCUUAAUAAGAAAAACCUCUUUGAUAAUUUGGGAUGAAACACUUAUGAUCCAUAAGCAUGCAUUUGAAGCUUUAGAUCGAACUUUGAAAGACGUAUUAAGGUGUGGAAAUUCUAGCAUCUCAAAUAUUCCUUUUGGAGGGAAAGUUAUUGUCUUUGGAGGAGAUUUCAGACAGAUUCUACAUGUUGUUCCGGGUGGCAGCAGACAGAACAUUGUUAAUACGUCUUUGAGUUCUUCAUAUUUAUGGCAACAUUGCAAAGUGUAUAGAUUAACAAAAAACAUGAGGCUAACUGUUGGAAGGGAUCAACCUGAUAUAGAAAAAAUAAGAGAUUUUGCAAAUUGGUUAUUGGAUAUAGGAGAAGGCAAACGCGGUGGUCCGAACGACGGCGAAACGAUUAUCGAUAUUCCGAAUGAUAUUCUCAUUAAUGAUCCAGAUGAUCCUAUAGGUUCAUUAAUUGAGUUUGUAUAUCCUUCAAUUUUGGAGAAGUAUAACAGUACAAAUUAUCUCCAAGAAAGAGCUAUACUUGCUCCAAAGAAUGAAGUUGUUCAGGAAAUAAACGACCGUUUACUUAACAAGUUUCCAGGAGAUGAGGUUGAAUAUUUAAGUUCAGAUAGCCUAUGUCAAUCCGAAUUUGUCCAUGAUCAGUUUGAUGCAAAUUUAUACUCGCCUGAUGUUUUAAAUGGUCUUAAAGUAUCCGGUCUACUAAAUCAUAUGUUAGUUUUAAAAAUUGGUGUUCCAGUAAUGUUACUGAGAAAUAUUGAUCAGAAAAACGGCUUAUGUAAUGGCACAAGACUACAGGUGAUAUCAUUGGGCAAACGUGUUAUUGAGGCACGUAUAAUGUCUGGAACUAAUAUUGGAAAUCAGACUUUUAUUCCAAGAAUGUAUUUAACUCCAUCAGAAAAAAAAAUUCCCUUCAAAUUCACAAAAAGACAGUUUCCUUUGGCGCAUAAACGAUUAACAAGCAGUAAAAAGUAA